AUGAGGAGUGAAGAUGAUGAUCCAUCAUUACUGUUUCCUGAAGAUCUAUUGAUCAAACUGUUUUCAUGGCUACCCGUGAAGCCCCUCCUCAGGUUCAAGUGCCUAAGUAAACGAUGGCUUGAUAUCAUAUCUAGUGAUCCUCAUUUCAUUCACCUGCACUCUCAUCAAUCCAAGUCCAAACCACCUCAUCUCUUUUUCUCAUCCACUCUACCUUCAGAGGUAGAAAUUAACAAAACUAUUCUUCUCCAAUCCUCCACGGACAUGGAAGGGAAUUUGUUAAGCCAAUUCGAGAUUAGUAAGAGGGAUGCUACUAGGCGCCCCCUCAUGUUGCCUACCCGCUUUGAUCUGGUUUGUUUAGUAUGCAAUACUGAAAUCCAUGUUUGCAAUCCAAGUACACAUGAACUCAUAACAUUGCCACCGCUUCUGUUUGCUGAAUGUAAUAGCUUUGGUUUUGGAUAUGUUGAGUCUACGGAUGAGUAUAAAAUAGUUCAUUUGAUUGCUCCUUUCUUUGAUGGAGACUUAGAGGUAUAUGAUCCCAUUCUCCCAACACAAUGUUCAAUAUUCACCUUGGGGAUGGCAGAGGACUCUCCUUCUUCUUAUGCUUCUCCUUGGGCUUGGAAAACUAUUGGAAAUUCCCCCUAUAAUGUCGAGCAUUGUCAAUGUCCGGCUUUCGUGGAUGGAGCUCUUCAUUGGCUGAUCAACCGCAAGCGCCACCCCGAGCUAUUGAUCGAUAUAGAAAAGACAAUCUUGGCAUUCAACUUGGAGAAUGAAGAAUUUAGACUCGUCCCACGUCCCAGUGGGUGUUCUGAUCUUGUAUGUUCAAAUCUCCAAUUGGUGGAGUUGAAAGGGCUACUCUGCCUUUCAUGUGUUGAUGAAGGUGUUCACAUAAUGGACAUAUGGAUGCCGAAAGACUAUUGCAAUGAGACUCGUAUGUUUACAUGGGUAAAAGAGUAUAAUAUUGAUCUGAGUACCUUGGCAGAUACUCCAUACGGUAGCUAUUCUAGAUUUCUAGGUCUUUUGUUCCUUGGUACAUACAUGAUGGCAUUGAUCUGA